CUUGGAAGAAGGAAAUGCUGAGACGACGACCGAAAACAUAAUUAUCUGUUACUCAUAUUUAACAAUGGACUGAAGACAAUUAAGGAUUCUUUAAGUCAGGUUCUGUGCAAUAAAUGAAAAGAAAAUGACCGUCAUGCGCCUGCAGUUCUUCAUAUUACUAACUGUUUAUACCCUGUGCACUGCAGAUGGCAACUUCGUUUGCAGGAAGCCAUAUUUACCAGUUUCAGAUAUAAUUAACACCUUUAGUGAACGCUUAACUAACAGAAUUGGUAAUGAAGGGAACUAUUUCUUUUCUCCUUUAAGUAUAUCAAUGACCUUAGCCAUGGUGUACCUUGGAACCCGCGGUGAAACACGAGAUCAAAUGAGUUCAGCUUUGCAUUACAACAUUUUGGGAGGGAACUGUCUGGGUACCAGAGUGGGAGAAGAUUUUAAAGAGCUAAUUUCAUUACUAAAUGACGAGAACAAUAAGUCCUCUCUAUUGACAGCAAAUGGAGUGUUCAUUCACACCGGUCACAAUGUAACGAAGCAUUACACAUCAGAUUUGCGCAAGUACUUCGAAUCAUCCGUAGAAUAUCUACCAUUCGCCGAGGAAGAGAUGAAAUCUUUGGAAAAAAUUAACCGAUGGAUUAACGAUCACACAAAUGGAACCAUUUCGAAGUUGAUCAACGAGCCUCUUGAUCCCAUGACCGUCAUGGUUGUAAUGAAUGCUAUAUACUUUAAAGGAUAUUGGUCUACAAAAUUUCCCGAAAUGUCCACUUACAAUACCUUUUUCAACAGAAAGAAUGGGACAAGAAAACUUGCACCAUUCAUGAUGCAACAGGAAAGUUUUCGUUAUUACAAGGAUUCGACAAUAAAUUACACAUUCCUGGAACUGGAUUAUGCUGGGAGCAACUUCAGUAUGCUCUUAAUCUUGCCCAAAGAUGCAAGCGAGUUUCCGAACUUCAGUUUAUCCUCUACGAAUCUUUGUUACCUCCAGACUCAGAUGAAGAUGACAAACGUCAUGGUAGUUCUCCCAAAAUUCAAAAUGGAAUAUGCACGGGAGCUUUCAAAGGACAUGAGUAACAUGGGAAUGGAUAAGUUAUUUUCAGAUAAAGCUGAUCUUACCGGAAUUCGAGAAGAUGGCGACCUUCACGUAUCUCUGAUGGUUCACAAAGCAAUGAUUGUCGUGGAUGAAAGCGGUGCCGAAGCUUCAGCUGUUACCGCCAUAGGAAUAAAUGGGAGAAUGAAAAACCCACAAGCUUCAUUUUUUGCAGACCACCCUUUUCAGUUCUACAUUAUUGACAAAAAAACCAACACAAUUUUAUUUUCUGGUCGAGUAGUUGAGCCUUGAAUGCUUUUAUUGAAUGAAGUAAAUGCUUAAUGUUUGUUUAAAGUCUAGUACUUAUUUCAAUUAGAUAUUAGAAUUUACUUCAACUUGGAAUUGUUUUUUUCUGAAAAAAAACCUAAAUUUUUAUUUAUUUGUUUCCUUUUUAUUGUACAGCAGCGGCGCAGCAAAGGAGGGGGGGGGGUGAAAACACUCCCCAGAGGCAUUGGUUUUAACAUAAAUGCAAAUUCUAAUUCAGUAGUUUAUGCAUCUAAAAGGGCUGUUUUGAAGAAAAAACCACUUUCAGAAGGUAUUUUUGAUCAAAAAAUCCCUUUCAGAAGAUAUAUUUGAUCAAAAAAAUUCCCUUCAGAAGGUAUUUUUGAUCAAAAAACCCCUCCAGAAGGUAUUUCUGGCUGCGCUAGUGUUAUACAGUGAUAGAUAUUUUUAUGAUUUUACCAAAUACACUUCGUUCUUUACUGUGCUCAUAGGAAAAAAUAAUCUACUUUCAUUUAUUACCACUGUCAUAAUGGAGAGCUUCAGCAGGAUUCAAGUAAUUUUUUAUCUCAAUACAGGAUUUUAAAUAUUUUUUUUCUCUCUGAAUUAGAAAAUAUUGUCACUACCACGCUUGAAUUGUUUCAUCAUGUGUUCAAAUAACCCCUGCAAAAUUUUGCAACGGUAAAGGUGUUCUUUGUAAACACAGAAAAACUUGUUUGCUACUUUAUAUUUGAUCGCAUAUUAUGUUGAUUUCGUAAUUUGUUAAUAAAAUAUCUUUA